UGCCGCUUCGUCUGGUGCUUGGAACAAAACCCGAGCAGACGCACAACAGCCGCAGCAGAAUCUUCGUCGUGGCCUUGCGAACCUCCAGUGGACACCUUUCAGCUUCCCUCUGCUGGAUCAGGUCGAAUAAUUGUGUUGGCUACUGGGACUCUCGUCACACUUGAUCCGGAAUCCACACGCCUGUAAGCAGUUGGGUCUUUGGUGGUUGUGCUGCAAACAUGGGUGACGUGGUUUCCUCUCACCUGGAUGAAGGCAAACGGGAGAUGAUUGCAGGCAUAGAAACUGAGUGGAGCAGAGGAGACGUAUAAAGGUCGGAAUCUUGACUCAUAACACUUCUGUGGAAGAGACAGAGGUUGGCAGUUAAGGUUCUAAACAAAGAGGGAAAAGGGAGAGCAUUUUAUGAUUGGGCCAAGUAGAGGAUAUUUGGAUGAGGUCCACAUUGCACAUGACAGCCAGCUGGUCCUUAUAAGUGAAGACCGGAGAUGUGAUGAGACAAUUCAGUGACGUUUAUAAGCAGCAGUAUGCCGUCGCUCUCUUCAACAGCGUCCGAUACGAGAUAGAAGGAGGAGGUGGGCCACAAUCACAGUUGCUACACAGAAAGGACCCUUUGGCUGGCCGUUUAAUAUUUUCUGGGAAUUUGUUCCAGUACCUAGAGGAAAAUCGAAAGUGGAGGAAUCGCUUCGUAUCAGUGCCAAACAAUUACAGCAUCAAUCUCUAUGAGAGCAAAACGGCACAUGAGCGGAGUCUGCAUCCCAAAGUAACCAUCAACUGUGCAGGGUACAAGGCCCUGACCUCCAUCGAAGAUUACAUUGAACUAAUUAACACAAGCCUUCCAGAUGUCAAAGCCAAAGUGGGCAGCAGUCCUUUCAUCAAGUGUGCAACUCAGUUCCCACUCAUCCUUUGGCACCCCUAUGCGCGUCAUCAUUACUUUUGUGUGAUGACUGAGAAGGAGCAGCAGAAGUGGCAUGCUGUCUUGCAAGACUGUAUCCGGCACUGUAACAAUGGUCUCCCAGAAGACUGCACUGUUCAAACGCCAGCCUUCACUGACAGUGUGAGACUUCAUAGACAGGGCAAAGGACACUAUGGAACCUGGGAUAUGAUGUGUGGAACUCCUCCACAGAUUCUAGCAAAUCUAGUGAUGGAGAGUCUCCAUCCUGAAAUGAGAAAUGCCAUUGGUCCUCGUCUGAAAGGAAAGAUGCAGCAGAGGCAGCGGGAUUGGAUGUUUAUCUCUGACGCCGUAUACAGGCAAGUCUUGGCCCAGACUACCAGUCAGUACGAUUCUCUUCUUGUAAACUGUGAGGAUCAGAAGGUUCAGCUUGAUACCAGGUUGAGAACUGACAUGGACCAGGUCAUCACAUCUAAAGAACAUGUCAUCAGCAAGAUUAGAGCCCUGGUGUUGCCCAAAGCUGAAUCUCUCCUUAAGAGGAGUGUCCAACCUUACAUCAACUCCAUCUUAGAGGCACUGAUGGAGCCCACCAGCCGAGGUUUCGCUGAGGUCAGGGACGUUUUCUUCAGGGAAGUGGUGGACAUCAGCAAGAAUCUGUUGAAUGGAGGAGACAAAGAAAAACUGGGAGAACAUAUGGAAAAGCUCUCCAUGCUUGCUUUCCACCCAGUCAAAAUGAAGAGUUGCUAUGAUAAUGUGGAGGAGCUAAACCUGGAGGGACUACAGCAAAGGUUUGACGUCUCCAGCCCCUCGGUGUUUGUCAGCAGGGCUCAGAUCCUCAUGAGGGAGCAAAUGGACAAUGCAGUACACACCUUUGAACAGCUGGUGCAGCAGUCUUUGGCUGCGCAGGGAGAAAAUGACAUGUGCAAAAUAAUCCAGGGGUGCCAGGACAGGGUUCUCAAGAAGUAUGAUUAUGACAGCAGCACAGUACGCAAGAAAUUCUUCAGAGAGGCUCUGCUCCAGAUCAUAAUCCCUUAUAUGCUGCAGCAGCUCUCACCAUCUUGCUCAUCUGAGUUGCCACGUUUUAAAGAACUGAUCUUCGAGGAUUUUUCCCAGUUCCUUCUUGUGGAAAAUAUGUUUGAGGAAGUGGUGCUGCAGUCUGUUACCAAGGACAUAAUGAUGGCUGUGAAGGAGGCUGCUGUCCAGAGAAGGCACAAUCUCUACAGGGACAGCAUUGUUAUGACCAACAGUGACCCCAACCUCCACUUGCUUUGCGAAAAUCCUCCAGUAGACUGGGCCACCAAAUUUGGCAACAAUGAACAAGAUGGUUCUACCAGCAGUAGUGGGGACAGUGAUGGAGGUUCCGGAAAUAGACGCAAGCAAGUCGUGUCCAUGAUCCAGGUAGAUGAAGUUCCGUUGCCCUAUGAGUCCUGUUUGGAGGUUCCAGGUGUGGAACUCAUCCCUGAAGAGGAUUCUGUGGCAUCCGAUGAUUGUGAGGAGCAGGCUCAAGAUGAGCCCAAAUCUCCAGAUAGUGUGGAGGAAAUCAGAGAUUUGAUUAAUCCAGUGAUGGAAGUGGUAAUACCAGAACAAAGUAAAAGCGACGUGACCAAUGGGACAGUGCCAACAUUGAGCCCCAUUUCAGUGGAGGAUGGAGAGCAGGAAGAAUUGAGCCACGUCGCCACUUUUGUGGAGGAUGCCCUUGUGAAAUCUCCACAAGAAAUGAGAUCCCCACAGUCUAUUCUUCAGGACCUAGUAGGGAACAAGAAACCGGAAAGUGAUAAGGAUGAAGCAAAUAUUAAGACUGCUCUUGAGGAAAUAGAUUCAGCAGUACAGGAAGGUGCCGGUGAACAAACCCCAGAAGUCUGUGCAGCAAAAUCUGAUUCGUCACCACAGCCACAGCAGGUGCCGACAGACUCCACCUCACACGAGGAAGCUCAGCCUCUGAAAAAGACCCUGAAUGGCGAGGACAAUAUAAUUGACCCUGUAGAAGUGGAAGUGGUUUUACCUUAGGAAGACUACCACCUGAAACACUCGGUCUGCGAGAAAUGGAUGUUUGUUGCAUAUGGAGUUUAAUUGUAUUGUUUCCUUCUUGGUGUUGCACACCUCAAAACGAAUUAUAUUAUCCUCUCCUUGGGAUCCCCGUGAUAUCUUCUUAGAGAGAGGUUUUUAUGUUUAAUAAUCCCCACGGAAGCGUCUUUCGUAUUUUAUGUAUGACACUGAAUGCACCAUAUGUUAUGAGAAUCUGAACCCUACUGGAAAUGUAUCAGCUCAAAAAUACCAUUGCUGUCAAAUGGAAUAGGCUAAAUCCUUGACGAUAAGUGACGUUUGCCAAUUUUGCAAUGUGUUUGCAAGUAAUCUGUUGCAUCUGACAGCCGGGGGUGCUUUAGUAUAAGCCUUUGUAUGUGUAUUCAAAUGUGUGUUUUAAGUACAGUUUUUCAAAUCCUAAUCUAUUUUUGUAAGUGUUUUUGUAUUGAUAAUGUAGUCUUUACCUAAUGUGGGUGUUAAGGUACUGCUUUCAUAGGUAUUGGCUUAGUUUAUGGGAGCUUUAGAACCUGUGAUCACCAGUGACUACAAAUUAUGAUCAUGAACAUUAUUGGCUUUUAUUAUUUCUCCAGCUUCACUGCAAGUACUUUAUCAAAAUUUUGUGGGUCUUCUUAAGCACAUUUUAUUUCAUUCAUCAAGCUCAAAUGUUCAAUUUGCUUAACUCAAAUUGGCAUUAAUACUAGAUGUUUGAAUUUUGUACCUAUUCAUCACUUAUAGGUGUAGGAAGAGUACCAAAAUGAGUCACAAAUUGCAAAUUACUCACUGGAGAAAACAAUGUAUGUAAAAUAUAUGUAAAAACAAAAAUCAUUUGAAGCAGAGAAAAUUUAAUCCACUGAAACACGGUUGGCGUAUACAUGUAAAAUUACAGUACAGGACAUUUAUAAAGGAUGUGAUCCAUUUAAUCUUAAAUGCUGAGAAGAGAGUUGCAUAUCCUUCUCUCUUUUUAAUUUGCUUUUGCUUUUUGUAAACCAUCACACCCAUUGCAUAUUGGCACAUUUCUCGACUAUGUUGCAAGCUUGUAGAUCCUAAAACUACAGUGCAUUCAUUUGAGGGACACUGACAUUUAUUUAUUUGAUCUGUGUAGUUGUGCUUUUCUAAAUCACACUUGUUUAUGUCAUGAAUUAUGUAGAAACAUUUAUUGGUCAAUAAAGUAUUUCCUGAAUGAUG